AUGGACAUUGACACCGGCAUGGGCCACGAGGCCGGCAGCUCUAGCCGGGCCCCCGAAAUAGAUCUUUCCAACAUCACACGCGGGGCCUGGAAAGGCUCUGACGUUACCCAGCACGAGAUCGACUGGCUUUACCGGUCCAGAAGGAUACCGGAAGGCGUAUCGUGCCGGCUUCCCGGCGACGAGAUCGAACCGGUACUCAAUCCCGAGACCUUUUUCUAUGUGAGGAACACCGGUGUGGCUGAUCUUAUCAACCUGCCGGCAUUCGACCCGGCGGUGCCCCGGAAGAUUAACUGGGGCUUCAACCCGAAGACCAACUUCACCGAGGCCAACCGGGUGGUACGCUUCGUGGAGAAGCUCAAGAGAGAAACCGACAUUUGCUCGGACGACAUCAUCCGCACCUUCAUAUCUUGCCGGGUGCUUCCUCUUCAGCGCCGGGUCCCUAAGAUGAGCGAAAUGUACGGCCCCGGAGAUCCUACCAAGAUCACCGGCCUUCCUUUGAGCAAGAGGGACGUAGCCCUUAAGGCUAGGCAAAUCUGCCAGACCGCCAUGCCGGAGGACUGGGAAUGGGGCUUAGCGCCUCUCAGCUCCACCAACCCUCCAACUGAGGAAGUAAGCGAUGGUGUGACCCGGGUUGUUGUUCCGGCUAAGGAGCGCUUCCCUGGCAUCGAGUCCGACCGACGAGGCCCUUGCCGGAAGCGUCCUCUGGACCAGGUCGACCCGGAUCCUUUUAUCCACUGGGGCGAUCUCAAGAUGGGCCGGACACACACCUCGCGCCCUGAUGCAACUUCAGCCGGCACGCAACCGCAGGUCCAUGAGCACACCGCGCCUCUGCAGGCCGAGCUUGGCCAGGAGUUUCUGGACAAGCUUGCCUCCAAAGGCAAGAAGAACAAGGCUCCGGCACCUGAGGCCGGCUCGAGCCAGGUCAUUCCCACCAAGCGCCCUCGGAUCGAGGCCAUUGGGGGAAAGAAGGUGGCGCAAAAGCACCGCAUUGGCAGACAGAUGCCAAUGGCCACCGGCCCUGCGCUCAAGCUGACCAAGAGCGCUGAAGGCACUCCAACUCCUCCUCACGCAAACCACCGCGCGGAGGAGGACUUAGCUUCCCCUCCAGAAACACAAGAUACCGGCGCCAGCGACACCGGCGCCGAUCCAGAAACUGCCGAGCGGGCGGAGCCUUUGGUUCCUCCCGCUCCCAAGAAGAAGAAGAAGACCACCGGGUCGUCCCCCUCCAAGCCGGUGCCGGAUUCCUCCGCACCUGGCACCACUUCAAUGGCCGAGGCCACGCCUGCGCCACCGCCAGAAACCUCCAGCGCCAAGCCAACUGAGGCCGCGCCAACGCCUCCACCGGAAGCUGCAAUCGCCAAGGAUAAAGCUACAGCCCCCGGCACCUCAUCAUCCGGCCAGCAGCCCUUAGCGCUGCAUGCUGGCCCCGCUGCCACCGCGGCUGUGGUGAAACCUUCCGGCGCCCUUGGCCGGAUCACUGAGCUGAAACGGGCAGGCCGCAACCUGGGGCAUCUGCUCCCCUACGCCGAAAAGUGUAAUGAUGCGGACAUUUCCAGCACCGCCGACGCCCGGAAGCAUCUCUUCGAGGAGCUUCUGUGGGAGCACCGGGAGCUUUCUGAGGCGCACAGCAAGUGUGAAGCCAUCCCGGAAGCUUCCAUUGAAGCCCUCCGAGCCCAGGUCGCCACCCUCGAAGCUGAAAAGGAGCACCUCCUCCGGAAGCACCGCGUGGCCUUGAACGCCCAGGAAACCUACGCCAAAGGGCUAAAGGACCAGCUGAUCCAAUUUGGGCUCCAGCGCGACAAGGAGCUGAAGGAGGCUGAAGCUGCGGCUGAGGCACGCCUGAAGGAGGCUCUGGACGACGCCAGCAACUCCACCGCGGUGUUGCGGGCCGAGCUGGAGGAGGCAGCCAAGGGGCGCAAAGCAGCCGAGGAGCGGCUUGGGCUUCUUGAGGCGGACCAGAAGGGAUAUGACCUCCUGGUUAUGCAAACCGACGCGCUUGCCAAGCACCUCUUUCCGGAUUCGGAGGCAUACGCCGUCCAGAAGGUAGUAGAGCGCCGAGCCGUCCAGGAGUUCAAGACCCCGAAACUGCCGUGGGACUCCUACGAUCAUCUGGUCGCGCUCAACGCCAGGAUCUCCCACAUGCGCUCCGUGGAUUAUAUCCCUGAAAUGGCGAGCCAGCUCCUGAAGCCUAUUAUGACCCAUUAUAUUGGCCUUGGCACCCAAUGUAUUGGGUACCGAAAUGCUGCCGCGAAACUGCAAGAGGCUCUCGACCAAGCCAAUAAGCGCGCCGAUGACCUUGCGCUGAAGCUCAAAAAUAUCGAGGCUGCUCGGGAAGAAGAGGUUGCUGGCCUCCGCCAAACGCUCCAAGAUGCUGAACACGCCUUAAGCGAACAGGCCUCUCGACAAAUUGCGCGCGAGGAAGCCGUUAUCAAACACUUGGAGAUGCAAAAUCGACGCUUUGUCAGGAAAAUGGGUGAGGAUUUCGUGCUGCAGGAAGCUGAAGAAGAUCGCCUUUUCGACACCCUGUCCAUAUUCGAGCUUCAUGGGAACCUGGCGCGUUCAAGCAUCUCGAGUGCUCGAGAUGCUUUUACGCGCUUCUUUCCCUACUUCUUCCCUAAGCAGUAG